CUAAUCGCGCGUCGCGUUUAUGUACUCUUUGCUUUUAUUAUUUUAUAUUUAUUUAUUAUUAUUAUUAUUAUUUAUAUUGGUUUUUCACACACACACACACACACACACACACACACACACACACACUACACGCAAUUACGCGCGCGCGCACACGCCAGUACGCCACACUCUUCUUCGCUCCCGAACGUGUUUUCUUCUUUUUUUUCCCCUUCGUUCUUGAUUCUUUCACUGAUUAUCAUUAAAUCUGUUUGUGUUCGUCGUUUCGCUUUUUUUUCUUUUUUUUUUUCCGUCCGAUUAUAAUAUUUAUUUAUAAAUUUUUUUUACACACACAUACACGCAAAUCAUUUCGUCGUGUACGCCCGCCGCCGUAUUUGCCAUAAUAUAGGACAUUUGAGGACAUUAAGCAUACCUAAUAAUUUUGAUUUAUUAUUUUCGACUGUCGUUUCGCGCGUAGCAUUGUGCACUUGUGCACGCAGAAGCAUAACGCUUAACUCCUUCGCACGCACCGCGGCCGACAGACGUACAGUCACAUUAGUUGCACUAUAACACUUGCAUUAUUUUGGGUCUGAUAGACAACGCACGCUCUAAGGACCAGUCUACCAGCUUCUUCUGCUAUCACUAACAUCGUUAUCGGUUCUCACCAUCGCUGCAGGAUUUUAAUUGGUGGACUGCUGCAAGCUGUGACGAGAUGAUCGACACCAACGCAGACCGUUUUUUUGUGUGAACACUUCCGGAGUCUGGUCGUACCACAGCUAACCAGAGAGACUUAAAGUGACAGAGCAGAGAGCGUUUGAAAGUGCUUUCCACGUUAAACAUAAUAUUAUCGAAGUUUCCUUUGUAUUUUCUCAUCCUUCUUUCUUGCAUUACUGCCAAACUAAUAUGUCACAAAUGAAACGAGGCCGCAAGGUAACAUAUACUAGCAUUGAAGAGAGAUAUCAACACUUGGAACUGUCUACUCUGCAACAGCAAACAUUUAGAUAUAAUAAUCACAACGUGGCGGAUAAACGUGUUGGAUCAACUAUGGUGCCCAACCGAAUAUUUGUCGGUGGCUUAUCCAAUGGCACUUCAGAACAAGAUUUGCGAAAUUUCUUUUCAAUUUAUGGCGAGGUUAAAGUUGUAAAAAUUGUCAAAGAUAAAGCUGGGGCUCUUAAAGGAUUUGGUUUUAUUACUUUCGGUUCUGAAGAAGAAGUUAAAAAAAUAAUUGAUGCUGGCCCUGUUUUGAUAUUUAAAGACAAACGUAUCAACAUAGCUCCUGCUUAUGAGAAAGAUAACAAAAGUAAUUACGAUUCAAACAACUCUCCGCAGCAGCAAUCGCACUUAAUGUCAUAUAGUAGUCAAGUUCAACAAUAUUCAGUUCCUCCAUUACCAACUCCAGCUCAACCAAUGUUAGCACCAGUUAUGUAUACCUAUCAAAAUGGAAUGGCUUUUUUUAAUAUGCCAAUCAAUGGAAAUACUUCAGUAACUCCUCAACCUCCUGGUCCACAAAACUCAUCUUCAACAGAAUCCCUCCCCAAUGUAUAUGCAGCUCCUUAUGGAACACAAAGUGCUACUAGUAUGCAAGGUUAUAGUGGCCAACCUAUAUUCUAUCCAAAUCCAGUGCCUCAAGUGCUAGUACAACAAGCUUACCCUAAUUUACCAGUAAGCUCAGUUUGUAAUAGUACUCAAGGAUCAAAGGUUCUUUUUUCGGUCCCUUGUGACGCACCUUAUUAUUCAGGAACUCAAAUGUCAGGUAUGAUACCUAGUCCUGAUAUGGCCUAUCCAAUGCCAAUCAUGUCGCCAUAUAUGCCUUAUAUGGUCGCAACUUCUGAUGGCAGUUACCCGUAUUACGAUCCAGUUAUGGAAAAUAUUCAAGUUGUUCAUCAGCCAGUAUUUACUGAACAAAGCACAAAUCCUAGACCACCAUCAUCGGAUACUUCAGUAGGACAAGCACAAGUAAUUACCACAAAUCAGUUUGUAUCAUUGAUGUCAGUAGUUAGAAAUGAUGAGGAAAAACCUCAGACAUAUACCUCUGAACCUCAGCAGUUAUGCCUAACUCCAGUCAUAAGUUUAGCAGAACCUCCACCACAAACAGUCUCACAACCAAUCGUUUCUAAACCACCCACCACAUCGUCUACACCGGAUCCUGAGAAAUCUGACCAAUCACCCAAUCAAUUACUUAUGACUCAAAUCCAGUAUAAUAUUAGACACCCUCCACCUUCUAUAAAUUUACGUCCAGAGCAAAAGGACUGUGCAAAGCAACGUGGUGAUGCUCAUCAGUAUCAGAGCAACAACAAUAAUUUAUCUAUUAAAAAUAAUAAUGAUUACAUGAAAAAUGGACCUAAAAAGUAUCUGGAGGCUCGUACAUUUUAUAAAACUGGGCCAACUACUAUAUCUCAUCCCAGGAAUACUACUAAUACUACUGGUCCUAUGGUCAAUUCAUCUUUUACUAGCCCAUUUUUUGUUCCUAAUACAAACUUCCGUCACCGUUUUCCUAAAAUGCACUAUCCUGCUGUUCCUCAGGUGAUGUUAAAUCCAAAUUAUCCUUAUCACAAUCAGGGAAACGUUCGUCCUUCUAAUGGCCAUCAGAUGUUCAACAAUAGAGGCGCUAGAUAUGGUGGCAACAACUACCAAAACAACAAGAAAAACUAUAGUUCUUACAAGGGAAACAAAAUCAAUCGAUAUACAUCUGACCAAGGCGAUAAUCCCGAAGUUUCAAGCAGUGAAGAUAGUCGUACAGACCAGCUAACCAGUGUUGAUAUGGGCCCCCCUCAGGUAGAAGGCAUGUGUUCGGACAUGAGGUCAAUGGCCAUUUAAAAAUAAAAACAAAAAACUGCCGCUUUCUUAUAUGAUCAAAGAUUAAUAGCUCCAACAAGACUGGCCAGCUCCUAAAAUUUUUGAUUUUUAUAGUAUUAUUUAACUUAAUUCCCCCUCCUCAAAAUUCAGAAAAUGGCAACUAUCUUGGUAUAUAAAAAAAUAUAUUUAUAUUUAUACUUGUAAAAUAUUUUGCCCUCUGUGUUCAAAAUUGUUAUUUAUUGAUAAUUCAUAAACACUUAUUAAUAGGUAGUUAUGCAAAUUAUGGCGACCCUUUAUGACAAAAAGAAGGCUGUUUAACUGUGAUAAAUAAUUAUUUAAAAAAAAAUAAAUAUCCAUUGUUCAGGCACCUUAAGUACUUAAUCCAAAAGUCUAAAUGAUUUUUGCUCAAUAGUGCUCGAAAGAAUUUAGGUCUUAUAUAUUAUAUGUAUAUAUAUAUAUAUUAUAUAUAUAUAUAUAUAUUUUAUCAUUGUUAACAUAUAC